ACUGUAAUACUCCUGCUCAGUAGCACAAGCAGUGGUACUACUGCUCAGUGCACACCACCCAACUCACCCACACUUUCCCCGCGGCGAUGGGUCGCACGAAGCACGCGGUGGCGGCGACGGCGGCGACGACGGAGACGAAGAAGCGGCUCCGCUUCGAGCUCUCCCCGCGCUGGAGGCCGCCGCCGGCGCUGCGCCAGGUACCGCCGGAGCCGCAGCCGGAGAAGAAGAAGAAGCGGGCGUACCGGUUCCGGCCGGGCACGGUGGCGCUGCGGGAGGUCAGGAAGUACCAGAAGUCCACCGGGCCGCUCAUCCCCUUCGCGCCCUUCGUCCGCCUGGUUAAGGAGAUCACCGACGACUUGACGAAGGGCGAGAUGAACCACUGGACUCCUCAGGCGCUCUUCUCGUUGCAGGAGGCUGCAGAGUAUCACAUAGUCGAUGUAUUUGAAAAGGCAAAUCUAUGUGCCAUCCAUGCUAAGCGUGUUACCAUCAUGCAAAAGGACAUACAGCUCGCGAGGCGUAUCGGGGGGAGAAGGCCUUGGUGAUACUAAUGGAAGAUGUUUUCUGCAUCAUAGGGAGCAAAGACUGGUGAUUUGGUGGUACUAAUGGUAGAUGUUUUCUGUAUUAGGGGUGCAAUGCAAAGGCGCUGAUGGUAGUGGCCCAGUAUGUUUGUGAGUGUAUCGUUAGGAAGUAAUGUAGGUGUAUUUUCAUUUAGUUAGCAUGUCUUCGAAGUUGAUCUGGUUCAUUGCAUGGUUGGGAUCAUCUGACCUCCCUGCUUUGCUCCAUUUGAAUUGAUCUAAUUCAGACAGCGUUUCUACGAACAUCCAAGGAUAUGGGUUGUCAAAUGGCAUGAAACUGUUGUGGAUUUAUGUACAAAUGUUUGAAACUGUUUGCUGUAACCUAAUCAUUGCACUCUAAAAACUGCCUUCAAUUUC